CGACCCGCCUCUGGGACCAGGUCGCUGUCUUUCUCCUGCUCGGAUUCACAGUACGUGCCCGGGAGGGGUGUGUAAGCGACGGAUUCCAGACCAAAAUUGAAACAAUGGUCGAGCUCACGCAGCUAAUGGAGAAUGAAGUAUUUAUGGCCUUUGCCUCCUACACAACGAUUGUUCUUUCAAAAAUGAUGUUUAUGAGUACUGCAACUGCAUUCUAUAGACUGACAAGAAAGGUUUUUGCCAACCCAGAAGACUGCGCAGGCUUUGGUAAAGGAGAGAAUGCCAAGAAGUAUCUUCGGACAGAUGACAGAGUGGAACGUGUACGAAGAGCCCACUUGAAUGACCUCGAAAAUAUUGUGCCAUUUCUUGGUAUUGGCCUUCUGUAUUCCUUGAGUGGUCCAGAUCUCUCUACUGCCAUCCUGCACUUCAGACUCUUUGUUGGAGCACGAAUCUACCACACACUUGCAUAUUUGAUACCCCUUCCCCAACCAAAUCGCGCUUUGGCUUUUUUCCUUGGAUAUGGAGUUACACUGUCAAUGGCUUACAGAUUGCUGAGAAGUAGGUUGUACCUGUAAAGAGAAUCAUACAACUCAUCAUCCAGUGAUUUUCUAACAAUUCUGUACUUCCAAUUUAUAACAAAUACUUUUUAAGAUUUUAAGUGGGAAGGGAGCAGAGAAAUUAAGAUAGGGAAAACCUAGUCUGAAUAUUAAUGUCACCAAUAUCCUUUAUUCUUUUUUAAGAUUUGCACUAGAAAUUUAACAUAAUUUUUAACUCUUUUGUCUUAUUCUUAAAGUACUUUGUUUUAAAUUUUGAUUGUAAUUUGUAACAUUAUUCAACAUUUCAUAUUUUAAAUCUUUAGAAAGAGUAAGUACAUGUAUGUUAAACUUGUAUUUCAGUAUUGCUGAAAUCGGCGUAUGAAAUAAAGAAUUUAAAGUACGA